AUGCAACAGACUACACCCACCAUGGCUGCUUCGCUUCCCUUCGGCCGUAGGCCAUCUAGCACGCUCGCGCCCGACUUCCCAGCCGGCGCCGAUCCUCGUCUGACCGCUGCGCAUGCCUAUGCUCCCCACCACAAUCAGCCGUACCCACUGCAGGCUUCCGAUCUCGCCUCGAACUACCAGUACACCACCGCUCGAGCUGCAUUUGAUCAUUCGCUCGCCUUCGACGGUGCUAGUGGAUCCAACGUCCCUUCCUGGUUCUACAACGCCUCUCAGCAGCCAGCUUCGCAGGUCAACGCGCAACCCGCCCUACCCUACCACCUUGACUCGUAUGCAGCACCACCACAUGGGUCCGCUGCGGCACCCGUCAACAUGGCUGGUCCAUCUGUCCCAUCCAUCAACGCACCUGCUCAUCACCAUCAUGCGGCUUCGGUACCGCCGACGGUCGACUUCCCGCCCAAGUCAGCCCACAUCGGCUCGACCGAUGCCGCACCUUUCAUUGUCGGACCCUCCGGCCGUAUUCCAGCGCCAAUGGUGGCUGGCGCCGGGCUUCCGAUGGCAGCUUCGAUAUCGCCCUCUCCGGUGGACAGGCGUGCGAGCGACGAGAGUAUGCACAUGGUCGCCUCGGCUGGUCCGUCCGCACAGAACAUUGCCCACUCGACAUCAGGAUCUGCAGGCGUGAAUGGCUCCGUCUCGCCCAACUCGUCUGCCAGCCUUUCCAACAGUCCUCCGGAUAUCGCCAUCUCACAGCCUUUCCACCCAUACGCAUCUACAUCGGUACCUCCGCUUGCGGGCAUGCUUGUGGGAGAGCCUAUCUCGGCUUCCAUGAUGGAGUCGAUCGAUGCCUGGCUCGCACCUGCACAAUCUGCAUCACACAGCGUGGCGUCGUCUUCUGCAGCUGCAUCCGUCACCGCAAAGGCUUCCACCGUGUCUGCACGCAAGAUCUCUCCCGUCGAAUCCUUUGCGGUCAGCGAUGCUUCCUCCUCGGCACGCGCCUCUAGUGGCGCCACUUUCCACCCCGGCUCGACCAUCUCGACCUCUUCGACACUCGACUCAGUGCCGUUCAAGACGAGCACAGAGAGGCGCGAGCGUAACAAGGCGUCUCAACGCGAGUCUCGAAAGCGCAAGCAAGAUCGACUCGAGACGCUCGAGACCGAGAAUGCCGCGCUCAGAAAGGCUCUGGCCGACACCAAAAAGUACAGCCACGCUCUGUCCAAUGGAGCCGGCAUCCGCGGCGAGGACGGUGCCGAGGUGCCGCCCAUCCAGUUCACCAAGUUCACCGGCGCCUUCCACCUUGAUCUCAUCGAGACGCACCUCGAGGAUGAUUCCGCCGAGGCAGAGUGGAAGACCAUGAUUGGACGCCGCUUCCCUGGACGCGCCUCGCAGGAGGAAGAUGGCGACGACGUGGUUCCUCGCGCAGGCUCAUCUACGAGCGACUCGGACGAGGAUGACGGCACGCGAGAUCGUCGCGACAGUACUGGCGCUGGCAGUGUUCAGAGCACUGCGCCCGUCAAAGCUGAGGCUGCCGCCACCGACAAAGAAGUCGCCGAGUCGUCCCAGACCGCAUCGCGAAAGGCCGCCAAGAAGGCCAUGUGGGAGAUCUCGCUUAACCAGAAGCGCCAAAAGGCGGCACAGAACUUCCCAUCGAUGGUCGCUGUGCCCGAGCUCGUUCUGUACCGAGUCUGCCGACUCUAUUUCAGCACGCUUUUGCCAUUCACCACCAAACUCAAGUCGGGCAUCAUCAACCUCCGUGCCGCGCGGGAAGCGCCAGGUUUCAUCGGUGAAUUUGAUGAUAUGCCCCGCUUUCCCGGCGACCCUGCCUUUGGCGCUUCCGAGCUGUACCUGCCCAAGAACCUGAUGCCCACCGAGAUGCAGAUGCGCAUUGGCUUUCAUCCCAUCGAGAUCGCUGUGAUCCCGUACCCAGCGAUGCGUGACCGCCUUCUCACCGUCCUCAGCGCCUUCUCGGACCUCGACGAGCUGGUGCGGGAGGAAGAAGAUGCGGCUCGGUUCAGCGAGGAGCGCAUCAAUGACGGGCCCAAGGCUCCAGAGCAAGCUUCGCCUACGGACGACGUCAAUGCCGAGCUGACGGACGCUGACAUCCGCAAGCGCACCGCGUUGCUCGCCGACAUGUCGGCUUGGAAGCCCAAGGACUUUGCCGGUGCCGUCGUCAUGCCGGACCGGGCGCGCGUGUACUCGUACGGCUUCCUUGAGAAGCCACGAGGCUCGCAUCGUCUGCGCAAACCCGCUCAGCGCUGGCUGGACGACUUCUUCUACGAGAUUGUUCGGACGCUCCGAGUAUGGUCGCCGGCAGGUGACGUGUUUGACGGCGAGUGCUUCGAGUUCAAGGAAAGCUUCUUCCGCAAGUAUCCUUACAUGGUGGAUGGCGAGAUUCUGAAGGCCACCAACCGUUGGAGGAGGGCUCGUGGCGAGGAUCCUAUUCGACUCUGA